CGCCAUUGGUCAGAAUCGCUUCGGCGAAGCUUCCUAUUGGCUGGUUGCUUCGCCCCGCCAGUUGGCUGUAGAAACAGCGCCAUAAUCAAACAGCGUUCAUCUUGUUGUUGACUUCGGGCUGUUUACGGACACACUUUCAUAAAUAGAUUCACAUAAACGGAGGUAAACUCAACGUUUGUCACUUUAUUAGACGUUUAGCUAUCGUCCGGAUGACUCGAGCUUCGUCGUAUGUGAAGCUAACGGAGGGAGCUAACGAAGCUAACGGAGGGAGCUAACUGAGGGAGCUAACGGGGCUAACUUGUAGCAGUUGUUAGCUGAACUCUCGAGCCGCGGUGUUUCCUGCGUGGAGUGUCCGUUAAUAGAGCCGUUCUGUCGGCCACAGCAGGGAUGAGUUGCCCGGUGAACCUCCAGGAUCUUCCGUCCGGAGUGUUUGAAACGGUUUUUACUCCAGAAAACGUGAGAGCAAGAACCAUGACCUCUCUGACUCCACUCAGCUUCCCCAAAACCAGGUCAGCUCUGUGGGACAACAGCCCUGCAGGAGACAAGCUCCGCCUCCAGCUCUGCACUCACAGAAAGCCUCGUCUGGUGCUGCUGGAGAAAGCUCUGCGUCUGGCUCAGCGGCACGCCCGUCACAGCAACAAGCCCCACCUCCUGUGUUUCCUCCUGGGCUCGCUGUGUGUCGACGCAGAUGAGGAGGGGGUCACUGUGACUCUGGACCGGUUCGACCCGGGUCGGGACCAGCCCGGCGCCGCAGGCCGCGUCCCCACCGCGCUGCUGCCAGGAGACGUCCUGGUUCCCUGUCUGUUCUCCGCAGAGACUGUCACCUCGUCUGACGCCGUCGUCCAAUCAGAGGCUGAGCUGCAUCACUGCUUCAAGGUGUUGCAGCAGUGUGUGAGCGGCAGACAGACUCUGGAUCUGUCUCAGCUGUUGAGGGUCAGAGGUCGUGUCGUCUGCUCUCAGCAGUCGGACGCCGCGGCGUUCUCCCUCAGCUGGUCGGCCGUCUGUCCGUCCGUCAGCGUGGACGUCCAGCCGGUCCGAGCCGUUCCCAUCAUCCCCACCGCUCUGCUGCGGAGUCUGACCGGCGCCAACCGCCCGCCGCUGCACGCCAACCGACAGAGAGGGUUUCUGACCAUGGAUCAGACCAGGAAGCUGCUGCUGCUGCUGGAGUCAGAUCCUAAAGCGUCCAGCCUGCCGCUGGUCGGACUCUGGCUGAGUGGAGUCGUCCACGUCUACAACCCUCAGGUGUGGGCCUGGUGUCUGAGGUUCCUGUGUAGCUCCGCCCUCCAGGACAGAGUUCUGUCUGAGAGCGGCUGUUUCCUCCUCGUCCUGUUCGGUUCGACCCACAGAGCUCCUCAGUUCUUCCAGUGUCGAGGAUCAACAUCUGGUCCACAGCUGGACUACCGCCUGCUGACCGCCUCCCAGCGUGUCACACUCUACCAGCAGGCGGUCUCGGUGGAGGGUCAGACUCUGCGCUGUGAGCUCGGCUCAGAGGAUCACCGCCGCCAGACGGAGAUCUUCAGAGAGGCUCAGACCUCCUUCAACAGAGCUGCCCCCUCGGCUGCUGGUCUCUCUGUCAGCGAUCAGGACUCGGGGGUUGAGGAUGAAGACUUGUCUCCCCGCCCGUCCCCGAGCCCCCACCUCCCCGCUCAGCAGGCUCGCAGAGUUCAGCCGUCUGUUCCUGAACUUUCUCUGCUGAUUGACAGCAGCUUCGUCUCCAAUCAGAACAGCUGGCAGGACGCAGGCUCCGCCCACAGACCUCCUGCUGCUGCUGCUGACAGGAAGUCUGCCCCUCCAACAGUAAACAGACCUGCAGCCCCCCCUCACCUCCACAGCACGCCAUACUCCAACCUACAGCCGCCCUGCAGCUGCUGCUCCGCCCAAACCUACGACUGCACCUCCAUCUUCUCCUCCCCGGGACUCCGCCCUGCACACCCUCACCACAACACUCAGAGUCUCCACCCUGCUGCUGCUGCUCCUUCCUCUCAUCCCCACACUCCUCCUCCUCCUUCCAACAACCAUCCACCUGUUUCUGUUCCUCCACCCUCCAUCCAUCUCUCUGCCACCCCUCCUCCCUGUCCCUGCAGCCACCCUCCCCUCGCCCCACGGUGUGGAGACUCCCCCUCUCUCCCCGCCCCACGGUGUGGAGACUCCCCCUCUCUCCCCGUCUCUCGGUGUGGAGACUCCCCCUCUCUCCCCGCCCCACGGUGUGGAGACUCCCCCUCUCUCCCCACCCCACGGUGUGGAGACUCCCCCUCUCUCCCCGUCUCUCGGUGUGGAGACUCCCCCUCUCUCCCCGUCUCUCGGUGUGGAGACUCCCCCUCUCUCCCCACCCCACGGUGUGGAGACUCCCCCUCUCUCCCCGUCUCUCGGUGUGGAGACUCCCCCUCUCUCCCCACCCCACGGUGUGGAGACUCCCCCUCUCUCCCCGCUCCACAGUGUGGAGACUCCCCCUCUCUCCCCGCCCCACGGUGUGGAGACUCCCCCUCUCCUCACCCAUCCCGUCCAGCAGCAGCAGCCUCUGUGUCUUCCUCCUGUGUGCAUCAUCAAGGGGGCGGAGUCAUCCCGUCUGACACCUACCAGCUGCUCCUCCAUCAGGACCGACAGCUCCGCCUCCUGCAGGAGCAGGUCCAGAUGUUGCUGGAGGCUCAGAGGAAACUUCAGUCGUCGUCGUCGUCGUCGUCCGGCCGGCAGGUCGAUACUCAGACACCCAAAAGUACCGCCAGCAUCGCCGUGGGAACAGGUGCCAGUUUGUUUUGGGGGACUCCGCUCCAGUUCCCCCUCCCACAUCAGGAAGAACAGGCUCCUCCCCCUUCCUCACACGCCGACCUGUCCGUCAACGAGCCUGGGGGCGGAGCCCAGAACAGUGACAUCACAGCUCAAGAGGCUGCCUGCUCCCCCUCUGCUCAGCACAGCGUCAGCGGCCUGCAGAGUCCCGUCCUGGGAGAGAGUGUGAGCAUGUACAGACCUGCAGACGACCAGCAGAGCUUCUUCAACAACCUGAUGACUCAGGUGACCAGCCGUCUCCAGGAGUCGGAGAGGAAACAGGAAGUGGAGGAGGAAGAGGAGGAGGAGUCCCGGAGGCGGAGCCUGUCUGUGGUUUCGUCCCAGUCGUCCCGGAGGAGGCGGAGCUGCGGAGGAGACUCGGUGCUCAGCGCCACCGUGAGGCAGCUCCAGCAGCUCGGAGUCCACCUAGAAGAAGAUCUGAGCCAGUCGGACCGGAGAGACCAGCAGACUAUAGAGAGCAGCAGCACUCUGGCGGCCAUCAACCCUGCGGCUGUUGUGUCCAGACUGAGCGUGUCUGAGGCGUCGGCGAGCGCUCUGUUCCCGGGCGCCAGCGUGGACCUGAGUCUGGAGGCCAACGCCAUCGCCCUGCGCUACCUGAGCGACUCUCAGCUCAGCCAGCUGUCUUUGGGAGGCCACGCCCCCCAAACAGUCUCCGCCUCCAACUCCACCUCCAACCACUCCCUGCUGUCGCCUAGCAACAUGUCCCUGGCCACCAGGAAGUACAUGAGGCGGUACGGCCUGAUCGAGGAAGAGGACGGCGAAGAGGAAGAGGAAGAAGAUGUUCGCCAGCCGCUCCUCCCGCAGAGUCAGCUGAUCCGCGACCCGCGGCCCAGAAUGCAGCUGUUAGCCAGCGGGAACAAAGCCAACAAGGAGAACUGUUCCAACGGGCGUCCAUCUUUAGUGAGGGCGAGCAGCCGCCAGACGGAGGGGUCAGUGGGAAACAUCCUGGACCUGAGCCGCCUCAGACAGCUGCCCAAACUCUUCUGACUCCACACACAACCAGAGAACCAAAUACGCUGGUUUUUACAUGGAGUCUGGUGGGAAAACGCCGCUGUCUGAAUGGUGCUGAUGAAGUUAAAGUCAGUUCCUUUUUACAUGGAGUCUGGUGUGGGAACGGCCUGGGACAAACACCAGAACAUCAGCAGUCUGAAAGGUGCUAGGGACUAU